AUGCUCUUUGUGGUAAUCGACGAAUACUCGCGCUAUCCCGAGGUUGAGAUUGUUCGCUCCACCUCUGCAAAUACCGUCAUCCCGAAACUUGACCGCAUUUUUUCCACGCAUGGCAUUCCUAGAGAGAUCAAGUCUGACAACGGACCUCCAUUUCAAAGUCACUCUUUCGCCCAGUUCGCACAAUACAUGGGGUUUCACCACCGAAAGAUCACUCCAGAGUGGCCCAAAGCCAAUUCUGAGUCUGAACGUUUCAUGCGAACAAUUCAGAAAACACUCCACGCUGCCCACCUCGAAAACAAGAAUUGGAAGCAAGAACUGUUUCUUUUCCUCCGAAACUACUGUGUGACGUCACAUUCCACCACAGGAAUUUCCCCUGCUGAGCUCCUCUUUGGACGAAAAUUAACCGUCAAGUUACCGGAAGUAGUCCCCACGUCACCAUCACGCUCGCAAUUUGCCGAUAUCGAUCUCAAAAAGAAGGAAAAGAUGAAAGAGUAUGCUGAUACCGCAGCCAAAGCAAAACCACACAGCUUUCAAGUUGGUGACACUGUUCUCGUUAGUCAAAAACACGUUAAUAAACUGUCCUGA